AUGGAAAAGGAUAAUACUGUUUUAACUAUACAAUGCUUACCUGACGAAAUAAUUUCAUUGAUUUUAAUAAACAAUGAACCUCGUGAAAUUAUUAACUUUUCCCUUACGUGUAAACAGUUUCAUGAUUCUGUUUGCAACAAUGAUUAUCUCUGGAAAAUGAAAUAUUCAGAAAAAGUACCCAGAGUAAUGCUAAAAGUGAUUAAAGAUCAUUGUGAUAGUAAAUGGCGAAAGGAAUUUAUCCAUUUGUGUAAAGUUCGUAAGAAAGUUUAUAGUGAACUAUUGUCUAUGUCCCCAAAGUUUUAUUGGCGAUUUAAUACAGUGUCACUAGAAGAUGUGAGACCUUUCUUUUUAAUUGCAACAGAACAUAGUUUGAACUAUUACUAUAUAAUUUAUAUGUUGCAAGAUAUUAUAAAAAAGGGAAAAGAUUAUUUGGAUAACUUUAUAUGCUCCAAACCCCUCUACACAAUGACUGUUAUGUUUUAUUCAAAAAUAGUUCUUCGUCAUUUAGUGCAAACUUAUUUGGCAAUACAAUGGGUGCAACUACAUAUGAAACAUAAAUUAACACCAGAGAAAGUUAUAACAUUCUUUUUACAGUGGAUUGACCCUACUAGAAUUUAUGAUCUUGAUGAGAUUGAGAAUAGGAUUCAAGGAUUGGUGAAAAAAGUAGAGAAUAUAUUAAAGGAGCAAUCUAAAAAUGCAAAAACUACACCAGUACAAGUUUAUACUGAAAAACAAGUGUUGCAAGCUAUAUCUCAAGUGAUCUAUAAACAUGAACGUUUCUCUGUAGCUUUUAAUGUGAAAACUAAUAAUUUGGAUGUAGCGAGGGUAAUAAAGGAUAGUCAUGGCAACAUUUUUACGUUUGGUGCCAUUUAUCAAGCCAUUGCAGAGAGAUUUGGGAUAAAUUGUGAGCUCAAAGUAUUUCCAAACCAUUUAUUUUUGGAUUGGCGAAAUAAUGAAGAACCAAAUAAGCCAUUAUACACUAUAGACCUUCUUACUGGAGAGUUGAAGCCAAAAAAGCAAUGUCCUUUUGCCCGUACAUCUGGUUUCAGUGACACAAAAUAUUGCCCAGAUUCAUUACUGCAGUACAUCUAUUCUUCAUACAUGAAAUCAAAAGCACCAAUAAAAAAUUGCCAAACACAAAAUGCUAUACAUCUAUUGGAUUUCCUUGGAACUUGUGAAAGUAAACAUAAUCCAUACAAAAAUUUCCUAUUUUAUUUAGUGGAGAAUGCUAAUUCACCAGCUAUGAAUACAAAAUUAAAUUUGAAAUAUAUGGAUGAAUCACAUCUACAGAUGAUACUGUCGCUGUCCACCUUAAAUGAACCUCCACAAGAGGUAUAUCAAAAUGUCGUAGUUAAAGAAGCUCGUACGGCGGACGUGGCAAUAUUUGCAGUGGGCAUGACUUGUUACCAUAAAUUGUACCACUAUAUGUGCAUAAUCCGCGACUGGGAGGCCAAUGGCAUGCACCUGCCUCUGCGUUCAGAGGAACAUCUGCAGCACGGAAAGAAUCAACCUUUCUACCGUGUUAUUGCUGGUGAUCAAUCUGAAAGGUUCAUUGCUCAUGAAAACCUAACGCUAGUGAACUCGCCCUAUCGCAAUCGUCUCUUAGAGGACAACAUCGCUAGUGAGUUUACGCAUUUCGAGGGCUUCUACUAUGUUCCUAAUGACGAGAAAUUGGCUGAAUAUCCGAAUGACAUAGUUGUCGCUGAAGCAUUUAAAAAACGUUGCACGGUCAAC